GGACGUGGAUACUCUGCCUAUAUAUGCUGGCAACUGCAUCCUCUGCGCUCUAUAGCUGCCACAGAGGAGCAAGGAAAGACAGUGAGAAAGACAGAAGAGAAGAAAAAACCUUACCAACUCGCUGGUUUUUCUGAUAAGAAGUCCUAAACUCUGAUACCCAUGGAUGCUGCAGAGUUCCGCAAGAGAGGGAAGGAGAUGGUGGACUAUAUUGCAGAUUACCUGGAGAAGAUAGAUGAAAGACAAGUCUUCCCAGAUGUGGAACCAGGAUAUCUAAGGCCCCUCAUUGCGGACUGUGCGCCCCAGAAUCCUGAGACCUUUGAGGAUGUCUUUAAAGACAUUGAGAAGAUCAUUAUGCCAGGGGUGACUCACUGGCACAGCCCGUACUUUUUUGCCUACUUCCCUGCAGCCUCUUCCUUCCCAGCUCUUCUUGCAGAUAUGUUGUGUGGUGGAAUAGGAUGUGUGGGCUUCUCUUGGGCUGCAAGUCCAGCUUGCACAGAGCUGGAGACUGUCAUGCUGGAUUGGCUAGGGAAGAUGAUUAAUUUGCCUGAAGAGUUUUUAGCAGGGAAGGAUGGUCACGGUGGAGGAGUCAUUCAGGGAAGUGCAAGUGAGGCCACCCUGAUUUCAUUGCUUGCUGCAAGAACAAAAACUAUCAGACGAGUGCAGUCAGAAAAGCCUGAGCUAACAGAAGCAGACAUCAUGGGCAGGCUGGUGGCCUAUGCUUCUGAUCAGGCUCAUUCAUCAGUGGAAAGGGCUGCACUAAUUGGUGGUGUGAAGAUUAAAAAUGUUUCUUCAGAUGAUACAUUCAGUGUUUGUGGUUCAGCCCUAAAGAAAGUUUUGGAUGAAGACAAAGCUUCUGGUCUUAUCCCAUUCUUUUUCUGUGCAACACUUGGAACCACACCUUGCUGCUCCUUUGACAAACUGUUAGAACUGGGUCCUAUCUGUAAUAAGGAAAAUAUCUGGAUGCAUAUUGAUGCAGCCUAUGCUGGGAGUGCAUUCAUCUGCCCUGAAUUCAGGCAUCUUUUAAAUGGAGUGGAGUUUGCAGAUUCAUUUAACUUUAAUCCUCAUAAAUGGCUCCUAGUGAAUUUUGAUUGCUCUGCUAUGUGGGUGAAGAAAAGAUCAGAUUUAACAGGUGCCUUUAAAUUAGAACCUCUGUACCUGCAGCAUCACCAUCAGGAGUCUGGCCUUGUAACAGAUUAUCGGCACUGGCAAAUCCCCUUGGGCAGGAGGUUUCGCUCCCUGAAGCUCUGGUUCGUGCUGAGGAUGUAUGGGGUCACGGGACUGCAGGAGCACAUCCGCAAGCAUGUCAGGCUGUCGCAUCAAUUUGAACAUUUAGUCCGUCAGGAUGAAAGAUUUGAGAUCUGUGCUGAAGUUAUCUUGGGACUAGUCUGUUUUCGGCUGAAGGGCUCAAAUGAACUAAAUGAGGCACUUCUUAAAAGCAUAAAUGCGGCCAAGAAGAUUCAUCUGGUCCCGUGCCACCUGCGAGAGAAGUUUGUGCUACGUUUCGCUAUUUGUUCCCGCACGGUGGAAUCCACCCACAUCAAGUUUGCCUGGCAGCACAUCUCACAGCUGGCAACUGAUCUUCUGAAAACAUGGGAACAAAACCACCACCAGCAGAAACAGCAGUGAAGUAGCAGUGGGGAGGAGGUAAUUAACUGGCUUUCUCUGUGUGGCCAAGUUUUAUUUUAGGGGCAGGUGGGAAAGUCAGGAUAUGAAGGGAAAAAAAAGAAACCAAAGCCUGUUGUUAUAUAGCCCAGCUGCAGUAGCAAAACCCUUGCCAGCAAGUUGUGUUGUAACCUUAAUCAUUCCUUCUCUGUACUGUGGUUUCAUCUUGCCUGUUUCCAGGGUGCAGAUAGCCACAGGGGCUUGAGCUGUCAUUUCUUACCAGUUCGUAAUCAAGAGCAUUUAUUGAACCAGGCAAUGGAAAUGCGUCAGUGCUCCCUCUGUUG